AUGCUCUCUGCUGUGACCCAAAGACUGUGGUCCGACGCUCUGAGCCAGCUUUCUAUUCCAGAAGCCGAAGCUUCUGGGCAAACUGGAUCGGCAGCAGCAGCCCAGCCCUCCAACCCUGGCGAUCCCGCUCCACGGCGCAUGCAGGACUCUUAUUGCGAGAUUAUACUACCCUUUGCAUCCUCGCCUGAGCUUCUCGAAAAGUACACCAAUGCGACGGGUGGAAUCCGCACCGGGCUCCUCAUGGAGCACCUCGACUCCCUCGCGGGGAGCAUUGCUUACAAGCAUAUGCUUGGCCCCGAAGUCAAGGAGCUCCCGUCCAACGCAGGCUUUUACAUCGUCACUGCAUCUGUGGAUCGGUGUUUGGAUAUGCUCGCAACGCUGUACCCAGUACGCGACAUGCGACUGAGCGGACAGGUCAUCCAUACAGGACGAAGUUCCAUGGAAGUCGCAGAUGGGACAGAAACAACGGUUAUGGUCGGUCGGUUCUGCAUGGUUGCAAGAGACAGCAAGACGCAAAAAGCAAAACUUGUAAAUUCUCUGACUCUCGAGACAAGUGAGGACUGCACGCUGUUCAACAUGGGGGAGAGUGAUCCACAGAAUAAACGACAGUCUAUGGCCGUCCACUCUCUCGACCGCGUGCCGCCCACGUCCUGGGAGUCCGAAAAUCUGCAUUCGCUGUAUCUGAAGUACGGCUCGCACACGUCUGCACCUUCGCUCCAGCACAAAGACAAGGACACUGUAUGGAUGGGCGACACUCGCCUAGAGAAGACAAUGGUGAUGUUCCCUCAAGAGAGAAACGUACACAAGAAAAUCUUCGGAGGCUAUCUCAUGCGCCUGGCGUACGAGCUAGGAUUUGCGAACUCGUGCCUUUUCACUCGAGGACACGUCACCUUCCUCUCCCUGGACGGCAUCGCGUUCGCGCGCCCCGUCCCAAUCGGCUCCCUCCUGUGUCUAACCUCCAACAUCCAUGUCUGUGUGCAUGCCGACGUCGUCAACCUCGCAACAGGCACCGAGCAGCGUACAAACGACUUCCGCUUCACUUGGUGCCGAGAGAGCGGGCCCGCACUCAACCGCAUCGUCGUGCCCAAGACAUACGGCGAAGCCAUGCAAUGGAUCGAGGGCCGCCGGGCGCUGGAGAUGGGCUCGGAGAUACGCAAGCUUCGCAAACGCACCUAG